AUGCAUCUCGUCAAGACCGUCAUCUCACUCUUCACCCUCUCCGGCUUUGCUGCCGCUCAGAUAGGCGGCGACUUCGAUGCCGAGUACGGCCUUGAUCGCCGCGAGGUUGAAGACGCCCGGGACGGGUACCUUGCUGCCCGUGACGAGUUCCUCAUCGCCCGCGAGGAGUACAUUGAGAAGCGUGGCCUUUUGAAGAAAAAGGGAAAGUGCUAUAAGGACGGCAUUCAGAACUUGUGCGGGACCCCGGUCAAGGGUGGUGGUAUGAGCCCAUGCGGUAUCUGCCCCCGUGGAUUUGAGGGAAAGUCGUGCCCUUGCCCGUAA